GCGUCUUGUUUGUUUUAGUUAAAGAAAGUCGCUAACGAUGUACUAGUUGGCUAAGAAGCAACAUGGGUCUAGGGGACAAUACUUCCUCGUCAUCGAGCAGUGAUGAAGGCGAGCGCGAGACGAGGCACCACAGCCGUGCAGGCGGGGGUCGCGGUGCACGCAAAUCUCAGGCCAUUCUGCCCAGACCGUCGGCUUCCUCGGGCGGUUGGCUCUGCUUUCUAAUGCCGCUGGCAUUCGCGACGCGUUAUCUUCACACCCCGCCCUGCGACGCCACAGCCGAUCUGCACAAGCUGCUCACCGUGGCAGCGACUGGGAUUUGCGUGGAGACGCUCUGCUUCUUCGUCUAUAUGUUUGUGGAUACAGGGAUCCUGAUCAAGUGCCUGAUCAGUCUGCUGCCAGGCGCCAUUACGAGCGUUAUCUAUGUUGUGGCGCUGGACACGUCCUGGGCAUACGCACUGGCUGCCGGCUUCCUAAUCACUGUGCUCUAUCAGCAUUGCUAUAUUUGUGUGCUUCGCGCCCUGCCAUACACCUUUUCCUUCGGGGAGGCGGCCGUGCUGGUCCAAGGACUCGUGCUAUUUGUGUUGAACGCCACUUACCGGUUGUACGAGCUGCUCGUCCUGGAAACCAAGCCUCUCAGCGAUUUUGACCAGCUGAACGCUAUAAUGCUAAAUGCCCUUAUUUCUCUGCUUAUCUUCUGCGUGCUGCUGGCCGUUGUGCGACCUCUGCGGAAACCUGUGCCCUUUUAUUUAUCGCUCGCAGUGCUCGCCGUUGUCGUCACCUGCACUCCAGUAACCAAACCGUUGCCAUUGAUAGCGCUUCUCAACUUCAUUUUCAGAGAACAGAAGCGGCUCAACAUCCUAGUCUUUUACUUCACCCUGGUUGGCUUGACUGCCGCCACUGUGGGCUGGCAACUGCGCAAUUCGAGACGUGCCAGCACCCGAGUGCGCAAGAUAUUCCAUCUGCUGAUCGAUCUGGUCUUUAUUCCGGGAAUUGUCUACCAGUGUGCUCUGCUCUAUAUAUCAACGGGCAUCGCAUUAGCAGUUUUCACUGUGCUUGAGCUCUUUCGUCUGCUGGAGGUGCCACCGUUUGCUGCCAGACUCAAGGACGCCUUCAACUCGUUCAAGGACGAGAAAGAUGCGGGCCGACUAGCCCUUACACCCUUCUGUUUGCUCAUUGGCUGCUCUCUGCCCAUAUGGCUAACACCGUGUCCCUGUGACGCCGUCGCUGCUGGCAAUACACUGGCCCUAUUAUCGGGCAUCUUGGCCGUUGGCGUGGGCGAUACCGCAGCCAGUGUUGUGGGCUCCAAGCUGGGACGCAUCAAGUGGGGCAAAUCCAAUCGCUCGGUGGAGGGUACUAUUGCAUUUGUGGUAUCUGUGCUUCUGGCCACGUUGUUGCUUCAGCUGACUGGUUUCUUGCCAAUGACGCAGGCGAAAUGGUUUGCGACUGUUUUCGCUGCUCUAAAUACGGGGCUGGUUGAAGCGUUCACCGAUCAGGUGGACAACCUUGUGCUGCCCCUCAUAUUCUAUAUACUUGUGGGGCUCGCCUAAGUCUGAAUUUAUUUUGUAUAUAGUGUAUGUACUUUUUCAUUCCCUUCAUUUACAAUUACGCUAAGGUAUCCGCUAGUAAAUAAAUAUUGUUGUAUAUUGGAAACAUA